UGUCGCCGGGCCGCCGCCGUUGCCGCCUCCCUACCGGCAAGUGCGAGGAGGAGCCGAGGGUCGCCGCCGCCGCGCCGCCGCCACCAUGGGGAGAAAGUCGAGCAAGGCCAAGGAGAAGAAGCAGAAGCGGUUGGAGGAGCGAGCAGCCAUGGAUGCUGUCUGUGCGAAAGUGGAUGCUGCCAACAGGCUUGGAGACCCUCUGGAGGCGUUCCCAGUCUUCAAGAAGUAUGACCGCAAUGGGUUGAAUGUCUCCAUUGAAUGUAAACGAGUGUCUGGACUGGAGCCAGCCACUGUGGACUGGGCCUUCGACCUCACCAAAACCAACAUGCAGACCAUGUAUGAGCAAAGCGAGUGGGGCUGGAAGGACCGAGAGAAACGGGAGGAGAUGACUGAUGACCGAGCCUGGUACCUCAUUGCGUGGGAAAACAGUUCCGUCCCAGUUGCCUUCUCUCACUUCCGAUUUGAUGUGGAGUGCGGGGAUGAAGUCCUAUACUGCUACGAAGUGCAGUUGGAAAGCAAGGUACGGCGGAAAGGCCUAGGGAAGUUCCUCAUUCAGAUCCUGCAGCUCAUGGCCAACAGCACACAGAUGAAGAAGGUGAUGUUAACUGUAUUUAAACACAAUCAUGGCGCCUAUCAGUUCUUCCGAGAGGCACUGCAGUUUGAAAUUGAUGACUCUUCCCCUAGCAUGUCUGGUUGCUGUGGGGAGGACUGCUCCUACGAGAUACUGAGCCGGAGGACCAAGUUUGGGGACAGUCAGCAUUCCCACACAGGCGGGCACUGUGGUGGCUGUUGCCACUGAACUCCCAGAACCACUUGCAAGUGAAGUCACUCUCCUUAGGCCUGUCCUCUUCCCUGGUCUUAAGCCACUUGCCAGGUACCCCUGGAGCUGUGGGUGUCUUAGCCCUGCAUGAGCCAGCGUACCCUGGGGAGCAGUGACCCCUGCUGCCUUUCCACCCCCUCCUGGAAAAGCAGAGUUCUAGGAGGGGACACAGGGAGAGGGUGCUGUGAGAAGGAUGAUCGCUUGGCCACUGAGCCCAUCCUUGUUCAGUGGCUGCCUCCUUGAUUAGCUCUUGGGCCCCUAAAAUGGAAGGUUCCCCACUUGUCUGCAGCUGGAUUCCUGACAGGGCCCCACACCAUGCUCCAUAUGGACAAUUGGAAUGUUUAUACCCACCUUUGUGAAAGACCUGGAGUCUUCUGGUCCCCAGAAAGGAUUGGAUGCAGAUCUGGGUACACACAGCCCUUGGAUAUUUUUACUCUGGGAACCAAGUACUCUCCUGGAGACCAUGUAGCUCUUUGAUGCCAAGAUGCAGGGGUUCGUGCCGUGUUCUCAUAGAGCCACAGGGUGGAGUCUCGGGACCAGCCAACUUCAGGGGGAGACUGUGUCUCAUCACUGUCAGUAUGGCAGGAAGACCAGGAAGAGCUGUCUGUCAGUCUCUUCCGUUUGCCGAAGGGAUGCGGCAUCUCUGGGCCUUUGGAUUUUGCUGCAUUUCUCCUGAUCUUGACUCAGCCUUUUUACUCAAGAAGGAAGUCACAGUCCUGCCUGUUCUCACCUCUGACUUCAGCCCAGAUACCUCUGUUCUUAGUCUCAAGGGGAGUAACAUCAGGGAACCCCUCUUCUUCCCCAGAAGGACCAUUUCCUCCUCCUCUUGGUGCUGAUAGCUCUCUGGAGGGGUUCCCCCCCAGUCUGAGGAGCCCCAGCCAGCAGCAGGCCCUUUGCCUGUUUCCCCUAGCCCUGGCCCUCACUGCCUCAGUGAGGCACUUGUGCCACUGUCCUGGCCCCGCUGGGAUACAUCAGGAAUGCCUUUCAGUGGCUCACAGCUGCUUUUCUGUUACUGGUGUCACCCUACAGUGGCAGGCCGGAGCCAGAAGGCCUUCCUCUUCAUAGGAUGAAGAGAUGCAGGCUUAGAACUUGAACUCAUCCUGACCUCUGGGCCAUGUUCUUCCAAGGAAGCAAAACCAAAUCCUCACCUAGGAACACACACCUGCCACUUCCCUGUUGCUGCCCUGGGGUCUGCCUUGGGCAUGGCAGAGAGCUUACCUUUGAUUGCUCUGAGACUCUUGCUGACCUCAGAGUCUGCUCACCCCUGCCUGCCUGCCUGGCUGUCCUGGCAAAUCUCCCCACAGCAGUCGCCUCUCAACAAGAUCCAUGCUUGCGUGGUAGCCUGGGCAUGGAGGGACCUUUUUGCCAUGACCUGCCCUCUUUUGAGCAUCCCUUGCUGUUCUUAGCCCUGUCAGCCUCGCCUUGGAGAGGGCCUUGCAGCUUUACACUGGAAUAGGUCUACCGUUGCCUGGCCUACUAGAUUCUGGGGCUAUACCCCUGGUGAGAGUUGAAGCUGCCCAGAGGGGAUUGGUAGGCUCCUUCCAAGAAUCAUGAAACAUGGACAUGCUUGGAAGAGUUAUUCCUGAUCCUCGUCUAUCUUAGAUCAUGAAUUUCUGAUACCUCCCACUUAGGGGGACCAAAAGGAACCCCCAGUAUAAGCCCCAUGUGAGGUUAGUUGAGUGUCUUGUCUCCAGUCACUGGACACCUGGCACCGGGGCUCUCAUGGUGCGUAGUGCCUGCCCUGCUCCUCACCCUCUGCAGGCCACAUCCCAAAGGGCCCUUCAGGAUCUCACUGGACCAGAGGGAUGGUGGCCAAGACCAGCAGAUCUGUGGGCGUUGAGCCCAGUGAUUAUCAGGCAUAUUUCAUCUUCCACCCCUCCUCAUGAUUUUGAGAAACAGAAGGUCUAGCCUGCUGUACCAGGCUCUUUUGGUUUUUGUUCAGGACAUGUUAAAAUGUUUUUAAAGGUUUUUGUUUUGUUUAGUAAACCUAUCCCAUUUCAGGUUAUUUUUGUUGCUGUUGAAUGUGUAUGGUUCUUUUUAACACUUUCUGGAGGUUUUUUUUUUUUGUCGUCUUAGCAGAAAGUUGGAAGAUAAAUUUCUUGUUUUAUAUAUUUUUUCCUAGAACUUAUCACUGGAAUCAAAGGGGGAAAAACUCUCUAUCAGUUUUAUUUGUACGUCAUUAAUAAAAGACACUUUGUUCAGA